AUGAUUGUAGAGGACUAUGCGGAUCCAUUUGACGCGGAGCAGGGGGGAGGGACACCGGCCAUCGUCACCAUGGCAGCAGAGAAGGUGACGACAGAGAACGACGGCUACAUGGAACCCUAUGAGGCCCAGAAAAUGAUGGCAGAGAUCCGAGGUAGUCGUGGUGGUGGCCUUUCCAAAGAUGGCCCCAUGAAGCAGCUGCCGCUCUACGACACGCCCUACGAGCCGAACGAGAACGGCGGCAACGGCUGCGGCACUGACCCCCUCUCGGACCCGGAGCCGGGGGGCCGGUGCCCGUCGCGAGAGAGGGAUAGAGAGAGGGAUAGGGAGAGAGAGAGCCGGCUUCCACAAGAUGAUGAGAGGCCUCCAGAGGAAUACGAUCAGCCGUGGGAAUGGAAGAAGGAGAGGAUAUCCAAAGCAUUUGCAGCUCUCCUGUGUUAUGGCUGUGCUAGCCCAGAGGGGUCAAUAGGAGGAGGACGAGGCACCACCGACCCCCCCAACCCAACCCCCCACCCCCACCCCCCCAGGAGUAAGGAGCCUCGCUCCACAUCCACCACCGGCCCCAAAGUCCAGUUUGAGAGUGUGACGGAUAAUAAGUGUCGGAUGUCCCCGACCAAGGAGGCAGGAGGAGGGGGGGGCAACAAGACGCGACCCCCCCAGCGGCACUCCAGCGGCUGCCUGGUCAACACCAAGAUGAGCUCGCUGGACCACACACACACACACUCCAACUCUUCCUCCUCCUCCUCGUCUUCAUCAUCCUCAUCCAUGGGGGAGCGCAUAGACCCAGCUACGCCACUGGAGAGUCAGAUUUGGUACCACGGGGCCAUCAGUAGGACGGAUGCGGAGGCCCUGUUGCGGCUGUGUAAAGAGGCCAGCUACCUGGUGCGGAACAGCGAGACCAGCAAGAACGACUACUCCCUAUCGCUCAAGAGCAGUCAGGGCUUCAUGCAUAUGAAGUUGUCCCGGACCAAAGAGAGCAAGUACGUGUUGGGCCAGAACAGCGGUCCGUUCGACAGCGUGCCGGAGAUCAUCCACUUCUACACCAACCGCAAGCUGCCCAUCAAGGGGGCCGAACACAUGUCACUACUCUACCCAGUGGCCAUCAGGACUCUAUAGAGAGAGGAGACACACGCGCGCACACACACACACACACACACACACACACACACACACACACACACACACACACACACACACAC